AUGAGGUCGGCUUUGAGCGCUCUGAGUAUUGUAAUACUACUUAGCAUGACUUUGGCAAAAUGUCCCAAUAAGUUUGUGCAAAUUGGAAAAAAGUGCUAUUAUGUUUUCACUCAAAAGACGGAUUGGCUAAGAGCGGAACGAAAGUGUCGGCAGCUUAAUGCACAUCUCGUUGUGUUCGAGGACCAACAGGAAGUGGAUUUAUUGACUAACUAUUUGGAAGAAAAGGGUGUGGUUCUUACUGUGCAUCCACGCUGGUGGGAUGAAUCCAUAUGGAUAGGUAUAACCGACUUGGAUAAUACCCGCAAUUUUAUUGUCGAGCACACAAAGCAGCCUAUGCGUUAUACUCUGUGGGGCCCCGGAGAGCCAAACUAUUGGUUUCAACAAUGCGUUGCCGCGGCUAAGGUUACACAAGCUGAUAGUCUUAGUUAUCAUGACUUUGUCUGCGAGGAACAAGCUAAAGUUGUGUGCGAACACCCAAUUUUGGGCAGGAGAGAGAGCAUGAAUGAGGUGCAGAUUUCUCUCAAAUUGUCAGCACUGCCCUAUUAUUGUGCUUCUAUUCAACGUACUUGUGGUGAAAACUUUCAAAAGUUGGACGAACUGUAG